CCCCAGCACCUCACAGGCCCGACAGUGCUCCUCUUUUGCCUUUGUGUCUGCAGAGAGAAGGCUUGAAGGAGUGCUCACGGGGAGAAACAGUUGCUAGGUCCUGAGGAUGCUUUUAGAAGUUGGAUUUCUCUGCACGACUUGGGAUGCUUGAGAAGUGCUGCUGACGGACCAACUUUUAUCUGCAAAACUUUUCUGCAGCAUUUCCUACACUCCCCUUCCUCUUUUAAAGGGCUUAGGUAACCUUUUUGAUUGUGUAGUUUUAUACCGUGAAACUGAACCCAAACUCGGGGGUGUGUGGUAGCUCCGCACCAUGCUCUCCCUGUGCUUGUUCCUGCUCUCCUGCCUGAGCUUUGUGCCUCUGGCCCCGGCCGAGAAGGGCCUGGAGUUCCCACAGUAUGACGGGAAAGACCGCGUCCUAGACAUCAAUGACAAAAACUACAAGAAAGCCUUGAAGAAGCACAGCAUGGUGUGCUUGUUCUACCAUGGGCCCAUACCAGACAACAAGGAGCUGCAGAAAAAACACCACAUGACUGAGCUGGUGCUGGAGCUUGUAGCUCAGGUUAUGGAGGAGAAAGACAUUGGGUUCGGAAUGGUUGACUCGCACAAAGAUGUAAAGGUGGCAAAGAAACUGGGCCUGGAGGAGGAGGGCAGUGUGUAUGUCUUCAAGGCCGAUCGGGUGAUUGAGUUUGACGGCUUGCUCUCGGCUAACAUUCUGGUGGAGUUCUUAUUGGACCUGUUAGAGGAGCCGGUGGAGUUGAUAGGAAAUGCUUUGGAGCUGAGAGCCUUUGAUAGGAUGGAGGAAGACAUCCGCCUCAUCGGCUACUUCAAGAACGAGGACUCUGAGCACUACGAAGCAUUUAAAGAGGCUGCAGAGCAGUUCCAGCCCUACAUUAAGUUCUUUGCCACAUUUGAGAAAUCUGUGGCCAAGGAGCUGACACUGAAGCUGAACGAGGUGGAUUUCUAUGAGCCCUUCAUGGAGGAGCCAGUCACCAUCCCGGGCAAACCUCACUCUGAGGAGGAGCUGGUAGAAUUUAUAACCGAACACAGACGACCUACUCUGAGAAAGCUGCGCGCAGAAGAUAUGUUUGAGACCUGGGAGGAUGACAUAGAGGGCAUCCACAUUGUGGCUUUUGCAGAGGAGGAGGACCCCGAUGGUUACGAGUUCUUGGAGAUCCUGAAGGAGGUGGCAAGAGACAACACCCACCUACCUGACCUCAGCAUCGUCUGGAUCGACCCUGACGACUUCCCCCUGCUGAUCCCCUACUGGGAGAAGACCUUCAAGGUGGACCUGUUCAGACCACAGAUCGGAGUUAUCAAUGUCACAGAUGCCGACAGCGUGUGGAUGGAGAUGGACGAUGAGGAGGAUCUGCCCACUGCAGAGGAGCUGGAGGACUGGAUCGAGGAUGUUCUCUCUGGCAAAGUUAACACUGAGGAUGAUGAUGAUGACGACGAUGAUGACGACGACGAUGAUGACAAUAAAGAUGGCGAUGAUGACGAUGACGAUGACGACGACGACGACGAUGAUGACGACGAUGAUGAUGACGAUAGCGACGACGACGACGACGACGACGAUGAUGAUGAUGACGAUGAGUAAUCUAGCCUAGCAAACUAGCCUAAUGCUAGUAAGUGUUGACUCUUCUGUGUUUUUCUUCAGGCUGAGUUCAACAUGGAUUUCAGAUAAACUACUGUACAGUAAAAUGACUUUUCACAAAUAAAACAAUGCCAGAUUUGUACUGAAUAUUUCUGCUGAUAUUAAUAAAUCUAUUUAAUAUCCAAAA